UUAGGAGCAAUGCAUUCCCUGUCUCCCGCCGAUCACAACCUGGCAGCUAACAAGGAUACCUUCUGCCCAAUGAACUGCUCGCAGCAUACUACCCAAAUGACUAAAAGUAACGCAAUACACAAAUUUCUCCAUCAAAAUCAGCAUUCACAUAAAACCCAACAGGGAUUUAAGCAUGUCCUGCAAGGAUGAGAGUUCCCGAUGUUCAGAUAACCCUAAAAUCAUACAUGGUGCUAAAGAUUUUUCUCAACAGAGCUCACUUUCGCCACUUUCUCAAGUUAUAUGCACUGCACCCACUUCACUACCGCGUCUCUCUUGCCUCCUCUGUACUCUCUUCGCGUUAUUAUCUGUUUUUACCGCAAUUUGGGCAAACACUUCUUUUGGGGCAACCAUGGGAGACUUCCCACCACCAGCAGCAGCAGCAGAGAUGGCACUGCAGCAAGAAACAUUGCCUCAACUGCUUCUCCGGAAAACGAAUCCUAUGCAACUCAUCUACAAGGAUGAAACGCACCACCUCACACUUGUCAGGAACACCAAUAGAAAGAUUGCAAGCUUGCACAAAUUAUUCUACUCUUACAGAAGUUAAUGAUAGCAUUAAUAUGGGCACUGGAAAAGCAACACUGGCAAAAAAUUUAGGUUUUCUUCUUGAGGAAUCUUCCGAUCUUAAUGAUAGAAGAUGCAAGAGUCGAAUGGAGCUCAAGAGGUCUCUUGAACUCCGAAUAAAGAAGAGGGUGAAGGAGCAAUAUUUGAAUGGGAAGUUUCAUGAUUUAAUGAUUAGAGUGAUUGCAAACCCAGAAACCCUUCGGGAUGCUUAUGAUUGUAUUAGGCUCAAUGCUAAUGUUGAUAUAGCAUCAGAUAAUGACAAUAUAUCUUUUGAACCUCUGGCAGAAGAGCUCUCUAGUGGGAGUUUUGAUAUUAGCACAAACACUUUCUCUAUUUCAACAAGAGGUGUAAGAAAAGAAAUCCUUGUCCUUCCUAAACUGAAGUUGAAGGUUGUUCAAGAAGCCAUGAGAAUAGUUUUGGAAGUUGUUUACAGGCCCCACUUUUCUAAAACAUCCCAUGGUUGUCGAAGUGGAAGGGGGCACCAUUCAGCAUUGAAAUACAUCAGCAAAGACAUCCCUAAUCCUGAUUGGUGGUUUACAUUAAUUGUAAGUAAAAAGCUGGACACGUAUGUCCUUGAUAAACUUAUCUCCAUAAUGGAGGAUACGAUUGAAGACCCUCGCUUUUAUGAUAUGAUUCGAGGCAUGUAUGCUGCCCAGGUGCUCAACUUGGAGUUUGGGGGUUACCCAAAGGGCCAUGGUCUUCCACAAGAGGGAGUGUUGUCUCCGAUACUAAUGAACAUAUACCUUAAUGACUUUGACCAUGAAUUUUAUAGGCUUUCAAUGAACUAUGAAGCUCUCAAUUCGGGUUAUCAUCUUGAAGGAGAGCAAUUCAAUUCCAAGCUGCGCAGCUGGUUUAGGAGACAGCUUAAAGGUGAUGAUCUUAAAACAAUGGCUGUGAAAAAUUCUGGUCCAACAAUUCAUUGCUGUCGCUUCAUGGAUGAGUUUUUUUUUGCAGUUUCUGGAUCGAAAGAUGUUGCUCUUGGUUUCAAGUCUGAUGUUGUGGGUUACUUGCAGAAUUCUUUGCAGUUAGAUGUUUCUAGUGAAACAGAAAUAAUAUCUUGUGCAGGACCUCAAACAAUUCGCUUUCUAGGCACUUUGGUUAGACGACGUGUGAAAGAGAGUGCUGCUGUAAGGGCUGUUCACAAGUUGAAAGACAAAGUCAAGAUGUUUUCUCUACAAAAACAAGAGGCUUGGGAUGCUGGGACGAUCAGAAUUGGGAAGAAAUGGUUGGCUCAUGGUUUGAGGAAGGUCAAAGAGUCAGAAAUCAAACAUUUAGCUGAUAGCAGCUCUCUAUUGAGUCAAAUUUCCUGCUUUCGCAAACCUGGAAUGGAAACUGAUCAUUGGUAUAAGCACUUACUUAAAAUAUGGAUAAAUGACAUUAAAGCAAAAACAGUAGAGUGUGAAGAAUUUAUCUUAUCUAAGUAUGUUGCAGAACCAGCCCUUCCACAAGAACUGAGAGAUUCCUUUCAUGAAUUUCAAAAGUGUGCAAAAGAAUACAUCAAUUCUGAGACAGCUAUGACUCUUGCUCUUUUGCCAAAUUCCAGCUCAUCCUCUGAAAUCAUCACUGAGAUUAUUGCUCCUGUUAAUGUCAUUAAGAAGCGUUUAUUACGAUAUGGAUUGAUCACAUCUGAAGGACACUCCUGUGUGAAUCCUAAACUUAUUUUACAAGAUAAGGAUCAGAUUAUCGACUGGUUUUCAGGUAUCGUUUACCGUUGGAAUAGGUGGUAUGGUGAUUGUGAGAAUUUUGCUGAUAUAGAGCUCAUAAUUAAGAAUCAAGUUUGGAAAUCUUGCAUUCGUACUUUAGCUGCAAAGUAUAGAAUUCAUGAAACUGAAGUGGAGAUACGGUUUGAUUUAGAGCUGAGAAGUAUCUUUUCUAUCCGAGAUAUAGAGCAAGAGGUGGAAAAUGAGGCAUCAAACUUUCUAGCUUUUGAAAAUGAUGAAGCAUUAAUGUAUGGAAUUUCUUACAGUGGCAUGUGUUUACUAUCGCUAGCGAGAAUGGUGAGUCCGUCACGACCUUGCAAUUGUUUUGUUAUGGGGUGCUUAGCAGCUGCACCAAGUGUUUAUACACUUCAUGUGAUGGAAAGACAGAAGUUUCCUGUCUGGAAGACAGGCUUUUCAGCUUGUAUACAUCCCAGUUUGAAUGGAAGGCGAAUUGGGUUGUGUAACCAGCAUUUAAAGGAUUUUUAUGUUGGUCGUGUAUCACUUCAGUCUGUUGAUUUCAAUUCAUGGAAAUGAAGGCUUUUCAUUAAUUUGAAACAUGAAAAAGCAGAUAGAUGCUCGUCUGUUCAUGAAUCAUUGUUGAGAAGGCAGGGAAGCUGUUGUCAAGUCUUUGAUGUGCCAGUUGCUAAAGAACUACAUAGGUGUGCCAAAUUUAUUGUGCCUGUGCAGGAAAUCUGAUGUUUUCCACUAUGUUAUUGGGGCAUUUUAUGCUGAAAACAUAGAAAGCCUUUUGCAAGUCCAUCUUCAGCUAUCAAUAUUAUGAGGGAAAGGAGGAAGUUCAGACUACUUAAGUUUCAAGGAGGGGUUUCUUUUGACAAUUUAAUAUCAAAAUCAUGGAGUCAGAGUUAUGUAGAUUAUGCUACUUCUGUUAUGGAUCAUACAAGGUCUUCUCUGAGAAAUGCGAUUUCACAGAUUUCUUCAUUAGUUGCUGUUUUUUAUGAUGAUCUAGUUAUUGAUGGCAGUAUUUGCCUAUAUAUCAUGUUUUUACUUUAUUUGAAGGGAAGGGUCAGUACUAUUAACCAACUCCAACUUUCAAGUAUCUUAUUAUUACCGAUAACUGGCCUCUUUUGGAGUUAAUUCAACUAUGGGCAGACCAAGUAUUUAUUUGUUUCUUAAUGAUUUCAGAUUUUUAGAGUUAGUUCCAUAAUCAUGCAAUUAUGUGUGUAAUUUGUUGAGAAAUUUUAGAGUUCUUUUUGUCCAUUAUUUAGUGGUGCUAAUUUUGUGCAACAAACACAAGACGUAAUACCAUAUAAAUGGAUUCGUUUGUUGAUCUUUUGAGUAA